UAAUACGUUUGGCCAUUUUGCCUUACGUGGUAUAAAUCUGUAAAAAAAAGUUAUUUCUUUUAUAAAAUAUAUUUAAACAAAAGGGGGAUUUUACCAGUGACGAUUUAAUAAAAUUUAAAAAGAAAAGAGUAUAUAUGUGUGACCCAUACGGUUGUGGUUUGAUUAUUAUCCAACCAACUGUUAAGGGAGAACAAGUUUAAGUUUUAUUAGUUUAUAAAAUAUUAAUUUAAAUUGUUUUCAUUCGUUAAGUUUUCCUUCUUUGUCAAAAAGAAAAAAAGAAGUCCCAUGCAUGCAUUUAGGCUAUAAAUCCAUCUCUAUUUUGAUAAAUUUUAUAAUAUGGAAAAGUAUAUAUACAUUUCUGGUAACCACAAUGACUAUUGAAUAUUUUUGUAAUAGGGUGUUUCAUUCGUGUUUCUUCGUUUUAAGAUGGAAAUAAAAAGAAUAAAAAAAGGAAAGGAAAAAACGUAACGUAUAUUUGAAAAGCAAAGUCUGAACAGGAUUCUCAUUGAGAUAUCAAAACUCUAUAAAAACAUAUAUACACAGUUUUAUAGAAAUGAAGAGAGCGCAAUCGCAAAUACAAAAUAAGGUUUAGAUCUUAAAAAAAAAAAAACACCGGUUGAGUUUAGGGUUUGUUAAUUGGUUAUUGUCAAAGCAAUGAGGAAUCAGAUUCGUAGGAGGGGUACAAGGAGGAAUCCGAUUCGUCGGAGGGAUACAGUGAGUGAAAUUCCAGACGAGUUGCUGUUGACGAUACUGUCUUUUCUUCCUAGUAAAGAUGUUGUAGCCACGAGUGCCAUUUCAAAACGGUGGAAGUCUCUUUGGAAGGAGGUAACGACAUUCAGAUAUGAUGAUCCAUAUCCUCUCCCUUUUAACAUGUUUGCGCUAUUCAUUAGAAGCAGAUCAACUGUAGGCAUCUUGCAGCUCAAGCUGAGCCCAGGUUUUUCGAGAACAGAUAUCAACCCUUUGGUUAAUGAUGCAGUGGCUCGCUCUUUGAGAGAACUGAGAAUAGAGAUGCUUUACAUAUCCUUUGAGUUGCCCCAAUGCUUGUAUUUCUAUCAGCAACUUGAAACCCUCAUACUCCAGAAACUUAGUCUUGUGGAUAUUCCAUCUAACGUUUCUUUGAUUGGUGUCAAGAAACUCCACAUUUUAUCGGUUAGAUUCUUAAGCGACGAAUCAGUGAUUAAGCUUCUAAGCAUAUGCCCACUUCUUGAAGACUUGGUAGUGAGAAGAAGCCUAUAUACCAAUGUGAUGAUAUUUACUAUUGAUGUUCCUACAUUGAAGAAUUUAUAUAUCUAUAAUUCGUGGAAGUCAAGGCCUGAAGGUGUUCAUGGGUUUGUGGUUAAUGCACCUUCUUUGAGGUGCUUUUACAUUAAGGACAGCUUCAGCAACUAUUUACGGUUUGGUAAUAUGCCGGAGCUGGUCAAGGCGAGUGUCAACAUCGUGUGUGACCAACCUGAGGACAUUCUAGGAUCUCUUGCCUCAACAAGAUAUCUUUCUCUGUGUUUACAGUCUCCAUAUCUUCCUCUUGCUACUUCGUUCCUCUUUCUUGACCAGCUAGAGCUAUAUUCAUGUCCUUCCCAGUGGUGUAAUUUACUUAAAGACGCUCCAAUACUCCGAGUUCUCAAGUUGUAUCAGAAACACUCUCAGUCCAACGACGUGACUGAUUCAUGGAACCAACCAAUUUCUGUUCCUGAAUGUUUAAUGUCCCAUCUGGAGAUCUUCGAGUGGAGACACUACAAUGGCACCGACCAAGAGAGAGAAGCUGCAAAGUACAUCCUAGGAAAUGCGAGUUGUCUAAAGAAGGCGUCAUUUUACUCAAAAUCUGCAAGGAAACAUGAUAUUCUGAAGGAGUUGGAGUCUGUGGAAAGAGGCUCAAAGACUUGCAUGCUUGUCUUUGAGUGAACGCUUCUUUUAUUAAUAAUUUGGGAAUAGUAUUUUCCAUUAUAUUUCUCUUAUUUCCGUACUCAAUUAUGUGUUUCCAACUAAAUAAUCGUUUUUAUAAAUAACUUUUUAGAAAAGGUAAUAUUUAUAUUUUCUUAUUAUUUAGUAAAAAAAAUAAUUAACUCAUAGAAAUUUAAUCUUAUAUAACAGAUUCAUUGGUAAAUAUUUUGAUUCUAUCACAAUACCAUCCUAAUUCAUAAGAGUUGUAUAUGUUGUAAUGAUUCAAACUAGUGUUACAGUCGCGUUACUCUCAAUUAGUCAUGAUUGUGUUUAGGGUUGGGUAUAAAAUCUGUGAUCUAAAAUCCGAACUGAACCCAAAUCGAAAAAUCUGAUCAGUACAUGGUCCUAAAUGUAAAAAAUAUAUGAAUAGGUCUUGUAGGGAGUGUUACAAAACAUAUCCCGAUCCAAACUUGAAAAAAAUUAAGUAUGGAUCUGAAGACGUGUUACAAAAUAGAACCAAAAUCCAAAAACCUGACCUGAAAUUUAAUGGGUACUAUUCAAAUGCUACAUUUAAAAAAUUUAUGAUGUAGAUAUAUCUCUUAUUUAAGAUUUUUUUUUAUGAUUUAGUUAUAUUUUGCUAAUAAUUACUAAAUAAUAAAAAAAUUAAAAUUUUAUAUUGUGUAAAAAGUUAUUUUUUUUAAAUGACUAUUUUUAUUUUUUUCUAAAAACAAAUUGUACAUGUGACAUCUUCGUUAGCAAAAUUAGUUGACGUAGCAUCCUUAUUAGUAAAAUAGAUGACAUGAUAGCUGAUGUGGUUAUGGGUAUAUGAUUUUGCCAAAAAGAUAAAGAAUAUGUAUAUUAUUUGAAAUUUUCGAAAGUACGGAUAUGUUUUUGCAUGAUCACAUAAAUCAUGUAUGAAUUGGACAUAUCACGAUAUGUUGGGUAUGAAAUAGUUGUUUUCCCAUAAAAAGCUAUGAUCAAAUAAAUGGUAAAUCUUCAUAAAACUAAAUAAAUGGUAACUUACCCUCAACCGAACACAAGGAAAGCUUAAAACCAUCACCAAUAAUGCAUCAUUUUGAGGAAAACAUCAAAAAAAUGAAAGAAAACUCUAAGGAAAUAAAUAUUCUUCACAACUCCGUUUUGAUGUUAAAAUUUUAAUUUACAAUUUCUACAUACACUUUUACAUAGCUUUUUAUAUCUAAAAAUAUUGGAUAUGUAUGUUUUAUACUUUACAAAAUUAUUAAAAAGAAAUCAGACUCAAAACCUGUAUACAUGUGAAAUUGUAACCACCUGCGAUAAUGAAUAUUUUGCAUUAAAAUGUGGCUUCUUAAAUAUAUAGGCUCAAUCUAAACAUGUUCUUUAUGUGCUUCUACUCAAAACCGCUUUGCUGGUUACCGUACUCAAUUUUGGUUCAUUCGAAUUCAUUUGGGGAUGUAUUCAACUGAGAGUUUUAGGUGAUUUGUAUUAAAAUGACAAUGCCACUUUUAUUCAAACAUGAAUUUUAAAAACUCAUUUAAAAUCUACUGUUAUUGAACUUAACAUUUCGUAGAGUAUUCUAAAUCAACUGUUAUUGAAAAUAUUUUAAGUUGUGGAGUUUUAAAGUUUUCAGGUGAUUUUAGGGUGUUUGAGUGGAGUUUCUUAGUUAAAAAAAUUAAAACUCAAAUCUUAUGUUUUUAGAUUAUAUUCUAGAGUGGUUUAACAAAAAUCACCUAAAUCUCUACAACUUAUUGAAAUCAUCUAAAACUCCAUUAAAAGUCAAAUCACCUCAAAUGUUAUACUGAAUACACCUUGGUGUAUUUUUGAAGGCUCACCUAUGAUUCAAGUUUGUUAGUAUGUGAUAUGUUUACUAUACAAGUUUGGAAUCUGUACAACUUGUUAUUUCUGUAUAUAAUAAUUUUUUAAACAAAAGGAAUAUAUACCAGUGACGAUCUGAUAUAUAUAAGAGAACUUAAAAAGAAAAGAGUAUAUAUAGUAUGACCCAUAUAGUUUUGGUUUGAUUAUUAUCCAACCAACUGCUAAGAGAGAACAAUUUUUAGUCCUACUAGUUUUAUUUAAAUCAAUAUUAUUAAAACAGGAUCACUCUUAUCUUUUACCCCUAUAACUACUUGGAAUAUUACUUAUUUUGCCAUUGGACCUAUUUUAAAAUAUACUAACUGCCAUUUUGCUACAUAUAUCUUUACCUAUUACGACAGUAUAUUAUAACGUACCCAUUACUUCCUAAAAUCUCGGAAUCCAUAAUUCUCAUCUA